AUGGGGGUCAGCGCAGCCUUGAGUCAGCAUCUGGGCUCCGCCGUGGCCGCCGCCAGGACCCGGCAGGCGGAGGCGGUCAAGCGCCUCGGCCUGACGCCGGCAAUCGUCGGCUUCGACCUGCACCUGGUGGCGGCGGACGAUAGGCAGACGGACAAGGUCGUCGCCCUGGUCUUCCCAGGCUCCACCCUCGUGCCUGACGGGCUCAGGGACGCGCUGGUCCGGUGCCUGCGUCCGCACGUGGAGCGGAAGCGCGACGAGUUCUUCUUUGCCGGCUGGAACCUGACGCUCAACAUCUCGUGCCUCCGAGGCGGCGACAGGAUCCUCAUCAGCCGGCCCCACCUACUCUUCUCUCUUAGCGACGCACUCGAUGGCUCUCUGCGGACCGCGUACCAUGUGUACGGCCGCGGACCCGAGCUGGGGAGCAUACGGGGCGGCCACGUCGGCGGACUCUGCGACGGCCGCGGGAUCCCGCGCACGCUGGGAGAGGUCAAGGACAUCUGCUCCGUCCUCCUGCCCGGGACCGGCGGCCGGCACCGGUACCACAGGUUCCAGCGGCCGGGAUGUCCGUCGGUGCGGGAGAUGACGGCAAGCCACGACGGGCACGAGAUGGGGCCUCGCUCUCUGCCUUGUGGAUAUUUGAAGGGACCGCAGGUCGACGGCCGGCGAGGCCUGCGUACGAUCCGCCAGACGAUGCAGAACGACAUGUACCCGGCAGAGAUCUACGGCAUGGUGACCGAGGCAGGGUUGCCGGCAAGGCACCUGGUCGGGUACGGAACGACUGUGUGCCCCUCGUGUCGCGGUGGCAUACAGGGGCCCAUCUGCCUGGAGAGAGUGCCGGCGCCACCUCGCAGCCCAGCCCCAGAGCAGGACAGCAGCCCCUCGGCGACGGGCCCUACGGAAGUCCACGCCCACCCCGAGCCCCCCGAGACCCCGCAGAGCCGCCCGGCCCGUUCGGCGGUGCUGCGACGGCGGGGCUUGUUCACCUGCGACCGGGGUUGCAAGAAGACCUUCUGUCGGAGAGAGCAUCUCAGACGGCACAAUACGACCGUCCACGGCGAGAAGCCCCUCUAUGUCUGUGAAUUCUGCGGCAAGCGGAUGGCCCGCCAGGACAACCUGUACACGCAUCGGCGGCUCCACACGAACCGUACCGGCAAGAUCCAGUUCGUGCCCGAGGCAGUGGAUGUGAUCGCUGGGGAGGACGAGCAGCGGCGCGAGGCCGUAGACAGGGAAGACCGGCGGACUAAAGUGGACGACGGGGUAUCGGCAGUCAUGGCAGGGUUCGGCGUCGUGUAG